GGAGUAAAGCUGCGGUCAUUCAUCAGCGUCGUCCACUGCAAUUUAUUUACUUAAAAGAUGGAAACAAAAAAGCCACACUCUUCCUGGCAGUUCUGCUCAAACCACACUCCGAUUCCUCCGAGUGCCAUCUUAGCCGGUCACGAUUCCGAUGGCUCUCCGAUUUACGUCGGGCGGGCAAACCACAACAGUGACCAACUGCCAGGGAAGGUCCUGGGGAACAAACACAUGGCGUACGUUGGAUACCACGGUAAAGAGAUAGCGAAACAGUCGUUCGACGUAUUGUGCGACGGCAACGUGUCCUGGGUUUCGUCCGGGUUUGGCGUCGUACCGCCAAACGCCGUGUUGGGCGGUCGUACAUCAUCCGGAGAGGGUCUGUAUGUAGGCCGGGCUCAUUACAAGGGCAGCCUAGCCUCAGGCAAGAUCCACCCGAGCCACCAGACUCUUUAUAUUACGUUCGGGGGCAAGGAAAUCUCGGUCAAGAACUACGAAGUUCUGAUAGAGAACUGA